GAAAUUUAGGAGUUUGUCAAAUUUCGAGGCAUAAGGAGGUAGAGAGAGUGGCAAAGACUCUAGAACGACUAUAUUCCAAACAUUCGAGGACAAAUAUUUCUAAGUAGCUGCAAGUUUUUGGUAUUAACGACGAAUGAUUACCACCUAUAGUGAUGUGAUUAAAAUAUUCCUGAGAUGUGAAAAAUCCUACACCGUCCUGAAAUUUCCCUAAAGUAAACAAAAAUGUAUCUGAAAGAGCAUAUUUGUGCUGGCAUUGAAGACAAUAUAUACCUAGUUUAAUACUAUUUCCCUAUUUGUCUUGUGAACAAGGAGAAGCACCAAUUCUUUCUGAAAGGUAUCAAAAUCUGAAGAUACUUUUGAGCUACCCAACAAAGGUCAUUGACUUUUUCAUUUAUUUAAAACCCAAAGAUACAAGAUACAAAUGUUGAGCUUGGUAUCUUUCCAUAUUAAAUAAAACAAGAUAUAAAAGUUAAGUUUGGCAUCUUGCAAUAUGAAGUAAAAAGUUUAACUCAGUUAAAACUUCUGAGUUCAAAUAGUUAGCGUUGAUAUAUAGUGACCUAAGCAAAAAAAUAAAAAGUAAACAAUUUAAUACAUUGUUUAUGCCGAAUUAUAUUUACUUAUUGCUGUAUAAAGAACAAUUUAUUGAUUGAAUUAUAGGUCUGCAGAAUACCUUCUGUCUUGAUCCAAGAUCUCUCAUUCCUUCAGCAAAAAACAUUUUGUUUUAAAUUGUGUUAAAGCAUUGAGCUUCCCACCAAAUUGGCUCUGCCACUUUUCAUAUUCCUCUUAGGCUCCUCAAAUAAUGUCUCUCGAGUUCUUCAAACCUCUAUUUGAUUCUUUCUCAUGGCCAGGGCAAGAAUCAAAUAUUGAGCAAAAGGGUGUAUUUUUCUCCUAUUCUCUUGGUAUUUUAGCUUUACUAUGGUUUCUUCGGCUUUUCAUCAAUAAGUCGAAUAAGGGACAACCCCCAUUGCCACCAGGGCCUAAGGCUUUGCCUUUAGUAGGUAAUCUCCAUUCCCUCGAUCCUGAACUUCACACCUAUUUUGCAUCUCUUUCCCAAACUUAUGGCUCCAUUUGUAGACUCUGGCUUGGUAAAAAAGUUGGCAUUAUUAUUACUUCGCCAGCCUUAGCUCGCGAGGUGCUGAAGGAACAAGAUACCAUUUUUGCUAACAGAGAUGUGCCUGCUGCUGGUAGAGAAGCUACAUAUGGUGGCAAAGACAUAGUUUGGACUCCUUAUGGACCGAAAUGGCGUAUGUUGAGGAAGGUUUGUGUUCGUGAAAUGCUUAGUGGUUCUACUUUAGAUUCUGUUUAUGAACUAAGGCGGCGGGAGCUUAGACAAACUAUCAAUUACUUUUAUGACCAGGCGGGAACACCUGUGAAUAUUGGUGAACAGAUGUUCUUGACUGUGCUUAAUGUGAUUACAAGCAUGUUAUGGGGUGGCACUGUAAAGGGUGAGGAAAGAGCUAGUCUUGGAGCAGAAUUUAGGCAUGUUGUUACUAAGAUGACUGAACUGUUAAGUACUCCAAAUCUUUCCGAUUUUUAUCCAGGCUUGGAAAGGUUUGACUUGCAGGGUGUAACAAAGAAGAUGAAGGUGUUGGCGAAGAGAUUUGAUAAGAUUUUUGAGAACAUGAUUGAUAAAAGACUGCAUAUUGAUAGAAAUGGUGGGAUGGGAGCUGGUGUUGGCCAUGAAAGCAAGGAUUUUUUGCAAGUUUUGCUGAAGUUGAAAGAUGAUGCAGAUGCCAAAAUGCCUCUGACUAUGACUGAACUCAAAGCUUUACUCAUGGAUAUGGUUGUCGGUGGAACUGAAACAACCUCGAACAUGGUUGAGUUUGCCAUGGCUGAAAUUAUGAACAAACCAGAUGUCCUGAGCAAAUUACAAGAAGAACUAGAUACAGUUGUGGGAAAAGAUAACAUAGUGGAAGAAUCUCAUAUUCAACAGUUACCAUAUUUCUAUGCGGUUAUGAAAGAAGUCUUGCGUCUACAUCCAGCGCUCCCACUCUUGGUUCCUCAUUGUCCUAGUGAGACGCGUACCGUGGGAGGAUUCACUGUUCCUAAAGGAUCUCGUGUGUUCGUAAACGUAUGGGCUAUACAGAGAGAUCCUUCUAUCUGGAAAAAUCCAACUGAUUUCCACCCAGAGAGAUUUUUGGACAAUAAAUGGGACUAUAGUGGAAAUGAUUUCAACUACUUUCCAUUUGGUUCUGGCAGAAGAAUCUGUGCGGGAAUAGCCAUGGCAGAGAGGAUGUUUAUGUAUUCACUGGCUUCACUUGUUCAUUCUUUCGACUGGAAGUUGCCUGAAGGAGAGGCAUUAGACCUUACAGAGAAGUUUGGGAUUGUUCUGAAGAAGAAAAUGCCUCUGGUGGCUAUACCUACUCCAACAUUAUCCAAUCCAACACUGUAUGAGUAAGAUAAAAAUGUAUCUGUCGAGAGCUGCGUUCUGCAUGACGAUUUGGUUUUACAUGAUGAACUAUGGAAAUGUGUUCCAUGAAAAUGGAAUCCCCUUUGAAAUUGAUUCAAAGUUUUCUAUACAGUUUAUACACAUGAAGAAUAAAUAUGAAAAGGGUGUU